CUCGGUUUUCUCUUAGCCAUCCUAUCUGGAAGUACAACAGCUCUUCCUGACGUUGGUAAAUGUACAUUUAUGGAAUAUUUCUGUGAUGCCAUGAAAUGCCAAACGGACUUUUUUAAAACACUCCAGAAAGACCCUAAUGGCGAUUGCAGGUACAGAACAGUUGUUCGUAACGUAAAAAAGAUGUCCGUAACUGGAGCCACUGGCUGCUUACGGGAAUGUAAAAAUACAGAGUUUGUAACCCUUAGUCCCAAUAUCCACAUAUAAAUUCUCCGUACUGAUCUUCAUACACUUCCUUAAAGAAUUAGUUGAGAGAGUUUGACAACGGAUCAGAGCAUUUUCUCUUUAUUGAUCAUUUUAUCAACUCUCAUAACCAUUUCUCUUGGCAACAUAUGGAUGUUAGGAGAAAAUUGAUGUUGGUUAAAGGAAUUGUCCGCCUACGUGACUGUGCGUUUGAGAGAUUCCACUGUUCCACUGCGCAUGUACACUUCUUGCAGUCCAGCUUUUCUCAAACCUAUCCCCUCAAUACGUUCCAUAACAUGCCCUAGUUCCUGUAUGCACGGCAACUUUUUUUCUCUCUCUCUGAUCUUUUUGAGCAAGUGGGAUGACAUUUCACGGGCGAAAUUCGAGAGAGAAACCAACUGGAAGCAGUCUACUUUAUUGUAAGAGAUCGGAGUCCGUCUUUUAAGCGAAGAUACCUCAACAACUGUUUUUCAUUUGUUUGCCCAAUUGUUUUUCAACGUCUUCGGUGCUUUCCUACGCACAUACAUGUUACUACAGUUAAGUUAAGUGAGUUUACGUUGUGUUUCAGUUAUACAGAGACUGAUCUCCGUAACAGGAGGUUUUGAGGUUCCGAGUUGUGUUUAAAGGCAUUCCUGGGAUGGGAUGGUAUGGGAUACCGGUCCAAUUUAAACUAGACGACAAGUACAAACGGACUAAGGAAAGCAGAGCAGGCGCUCAUAACAUGUAAAUGUCUCCCAUUAAUUCUGGACAAGAUGCAUGAAUUUUCCUUUUUUCGUCCUUAGUGCCAAAUUCGAGAGAUUGAUUGGUUGUGUGAAAAAGACUGUGCAUAUUUGUGCUGGACAUGUUUUAUCUCAAAGUCGCAUCGAAAGCAUUGUACGCAAGCAUUUCAAAGAAAAUGUCAUGUGUUUAAAAGGUGGAUGGGCAGUUCCAGCUAUGCCUUCGGUGGGGUCACCAUGUAGCAGCUCGUAUACCACUGAUGCAACCAAUUGUUUGAGAACCUUCCAUCAUAAAUUCGCUGCAGACAAGUCGGAUCCAGAUCUUUGCUCGUAAGUUGAAUCAUUAAACAAAUAAUUUAAAGUCUUCCCAGUUAGCUACGUGCCAAGAACAGUCCACUGUUCUUAACUCCCAUAUUAACUAUAACCCUGUAGGGUGUGGUGUAAGUCAGUGGUUUGCAAAUAGUUUAGAAGUUCGCCAUGCUUAAAGUCAUAAUUAUCCAUUUUUUUCCCGACCUUCAGCAGUUCCUCUCAUUCCACCACUCAGUAAUGUAUGUACCUCGGCCUUUUCCUUCGGAAUUUCAGGGACGGCGAGCUUGACAAAUCUCAUCAGUUUCAACGUGCAGUAGAUCGAUAGGGAAAGUCACUGGACGAAAAAAUGGAUUUGCACAAAUUUGCUCCUUGCAUUGCAAAUAGGGGCAAAGAUGGUAAAUGCCACAUUUUGUAUCAUAAUAUUACCAGAAAACAGAGUGUUUUAAAUAACUAGGCAAAUGUGGCUUUUACCAUCUUUGCCUCAGAUUUACUAUUCUGUUUUUAAAAUUUUGCGACGACAUAUUAAGUCUAUAUUUGCCGGAAGCAAAUUUGUGCUAAAUCCUUUUUUUUUUCAUCCAGUGAGUAAUGCCGAACCAUUAAGGGUUAAAGAAUAUGAUAUAGAGGGAUAUAUUAUUUCAUAUAGCAGAUGGUUAACUCCACCGUUAAGGGGAAAUCAGGAAAGAAGAGUAAGAGGAAAUUGAGGAAUUGAUCCUACUUAUGGCUAAAAAUAAGCAAUGAUUAAUAUCUUUGAAUUUUUUUUAAAUAUCUAAUUUAAAAGGAAUCAAUGAUUAAUUUCAUGUAGCUUUUGCAAUACUGUAAUACAUUGUUAUAGCCAUGCAAAUACAGCUUAUUGUUGUUGUUGUUGACAAAAUGGAUUGAAUCCCCCUGCCUCCCCCGUUUCUCCAAUCUCCACCCCCCACCACUCCCAUCAACCCUUGUCUCCCCUUCGCCACUUCAGUCCGCCUUCGACCAUCAAAAAAUCCUGACAUAGUUUGUCUCUUUUCAUUUCGACAGGGAAAAUGCCAAGGCAAAGAAGUGCCUCAAGGACCUGUCACGGUCGGCUUGUACAUUUUCAUCUUCUACCCAGGAAAUAAUAGAUUUGAGCUACAAUGACUAUAAUCCUUUCUGCAAAAAUAAUCGAGAUCCUGAAGCAACAGGAAAUGACCAAUGCUAUGGUGUGAAGAAACUCGACAAUCCUCUUCAUUCCUUUCAUUCUACCAAAUCUACCACUCCCCCCAUUUUUCAUACUUCCAUCUUUUCCCCCACUUUCACUAUUUCUCAGUUCCUU